GUGGCUUAAUGAGGUUCCAACUCGACAGCGCGAGCGGACGGGAUUCUCAUGUGUGUGUGUGUGGACGCGGCCUGGCGUGUGUGGUGUUUGCGAGGGCCAAGGGGAAAGGCUCCGGACUCUCCAUGGGGAGCUCAGUGAGCGGCUGGAAGCGACGGUAAACCAACCAACCACCCGGCAGCCGGUUGGAGGGAAGAACCACGACGAUGUCAAUCACUGUGAAAAGAUGAACCAGCGGCACGUUUUAUUUGUAUGUUUGAUUCUCUCGGUGUUGUAUUGGUGCCCGCAUCGGCACGUAGGUUGUACCGGGCAGCAGGAAAGUUCCUCAACACUAACAAAUUUUGCACAAGAUGAGCACUUUGAAGAAAAGCCCAAGCAGGAUGUGACUGGUGAAUCUGCAGAUGUGAAGCCUUCGGAUGUCAAUGGUCAUGUAGAUUCAUUACUAGAAGACUGCACAAAAGCAAGCCAUCAGCAUGUGAAUUCUGAACAGUCUGAUUUUCCUGAACCUGGACUGGAGCCUUCUAUAGGAUUGGAGGAACCUGCUUCUAGUAUAGCUGCUAGUACUGAUAACAUUUCCAGUUCGACUACCUCAGAGAACUCAUCAUUCUUGCAGAAUAGUGCAAUAGAAAAUUCCAGUGAUGAUAUUCCUGUAUUAAGCUAUGAGCAGUCAAAAGCUGACUGUGAUGCUGGAGGGAAAAGUGAGGCUAUUCCUCAAAGCAAGCCCCCCUCCUAUGUUAGCCUACCUGAAGGUCCUCCGGAGAAACCUAGUGAUGGUGGGAAAACCUCUUCAAAUGGCAAAGGGGAAACACCUGAAUCUGAGCUUUCCGAAAUUCCAAAGACAAUCUUGCCUGAAGCUGAUGAACAGAAGCCAGCAAUAGAGAGAACUUCUAACGCCUCACAGGACUUGCUGAUUGAAGAGCCAGCAGAAGAUACUGAAGUUUCAAAAACAGUAGAUGCUGGAGACUCUUCUUCUGUGAUUCCACCCAAGGAUUCAGGAGACAUUCCCUCAUUUGAUGAAUGGAAAAAGAAAGUUAUGGAAGAGGAGAAAGAGAAAAGCCAAUCAUUGCAUACCUCUACUGGUGCCCUCCAUUCUGCUAAAAAGCUUCAGAAAAACUUCAAUAACUAUGCCUCCGUAGAGUGUGGAGCCAAAAUUCUGUCUGCUAAUCCUGAAGCAAAGAGCAAUUCCGCAAUUUUGAUGGAAAAUAUGGACUUGUACAUGUUAAACCCAUGCAGCGCCAAAAUUUGGUUUGUAAUAGAAUUAUGUGAACCAAUCCAAGUCCGACAGCUUGACAUUGCAAACUUUGAGUUAUUUUCCUCCACACCAAAGGACUUCCUAGUUUCUAUCAGUGACAGGUUUCCCACCAAUAAAUGGGUUAAGCUUGGAACAUUCCAUGCUCUGGAUGAGAGAACUGUGCAAAGCUUUCCUUUAGAUGAGCAAAUGUAUGCCAAGUAUGUCAAGAUGUUCAUCAAAUACAUAAAGGUGGAAUUAGUAUCGCACUUUGGGUCAGAACAUUUUUGUCCCCUUAGCCUCAUAAGAGUGUUUGGUACCAGCAUGGUGGAGGAAUAUGAAGAAAUUGCUGAAUCGCAGUACAAUACGGAACGCGUCGAAUACCUUGAUGAAGAUUAUGAUUACCCACUGGAUUAUGGUACUCGAGAAGAAAAAUCCUCAAAAAAUCUACUGGGUUCAGCCACAAAUGCUAUUCUGAAUAUGGUGAACAUAGCUGCCAAUAUGCUUGGGGCCAAGAACGAAGCUGAGGAAAUGUCUCAAACAGAAGUCAAUGGAAGUACUAGAUCUGAGAAUGACACUGCGAAAUUGGACAUUCCUAUUCCUGUGCUGGGCCCUAGUCCAACCCCUUCACUACCAGCGCCAGACUUGGUUGUUGAUCGUCCCGAAACUGGGGAAGGUAGUGAACUGGAGCAAGAACCUUCUGAUUCAAGCACUGUCAAAGAGAACCUAAUUGUGCAGCUGGUACACGAUGAAGACGAGGAAUUAGUGAAUCGGCAGUCCACUGUCACUCUUCUAAAACCUGAAGAUGAUGACGAUGAUUAUAAUAGAGGCAGUUGGUAUGAAACUGAAACACAGAUGUACUGCAGUGAACUGCCUACUAUUUCUUGUAUUCCUAAUUUCCCUGAGUAUAUUUAUAAAUGCUGCUUCCUUAUUGUGGCACUCCGACGGCAACGCAGUGUAACACUCCUAGGUAAUGAGAAAAUUCAACCAGUUCCCGACGUCCACCAGCUUCUCACUGGGCAGGAGGAAACUGUUUUGGUAAAUGAGACUGAAGAAGUGAUAGAGGAUGAAUUGGCCAGUCUACCUGCUGAAAAGGUGUCUAAAGUUAGCAGUGAAAGUCAGUCCAGUACUGAUUUGCCUGAGCAUUUAAUUAAUCAGACAGACUCUAUUGAGUUGGAACCCAGCCAUCCUCCACCUGCUUCUCAUUCUCCUGAAGUCAGUACAUCUGAUACAAAAUAUGAUGUGAAAUGUACUGCCAUUCUUCAAAGUUCUGAUGUUGUCACUGACACACUGGCUGACCAGGUCCAUGUUCAACCAGAGCUUACUGUACCCAUUCUGGAACAAGGUACAGAAGCUAAACUGGAGACCACACAAAAGGAAGCAGCUGAAGGUCCAGAGGAAACUUUGCUAAUAUUAGAAACUGAAGCUGCUAAUGAGACGAGCUUGGGUGUUUUAUUAAAUGGGUCUGUGAACGAAAACCAAGAAACUGCUCAAAUACCAAUAACGCCUACAGUGCCCAUACAGACAUCUGAUAGUCUUGCCGAGCAUCCAGCAACUGAGAUUCAGAAUGAAACUACUGGUGGAAAAAGGACCUUGGCAGAAACGGAAGUGCCUUUACUGCCUUCAGGUUCAGAUAUGUCUGUCUCAUCAUCAGGAGAGACAAAAGAUGAAGAGCAAGCUACAGAAGAUAUCCUCCUGCCUGUUCCAUCCUCAAAUGGGCUAAAUAGAACAGUUACUGAUUUCUAUGCAGAAUUGCACAAUGUUACUGACCUGGGAUAUACUAAUGGGAAUCAAGUACAUGGAUCCAACCAGAAGGAAUCUGUAUUUAUGCGACUCAACAACCGUAUCAAGGCGUUAGAAAUGAACAUGUCCCUGAGUAGCCGGUAUCUAGAAGAACUGAGUCAACGGUAUCGCAAACAGAUGGAAGAAAUGCAAAAAGCAUUUAACAAGACCAUUAUAAAACUACAGAAUACUUCAAGAAUAGCAGAGGAGAAGGAUCAGCGGCAAACUGAAGCAAUUGGUUUACUUCAGGGACAGCUUGCAAACAUGACAGAACUGGUGAGAAAUCUAUCUGAAACAGUGAAAAAACUGGACCAUGAGGUUUCUGAUCGCCAGAGCUACCUUGUGGUUUCCUUAGCUGUUUGUAUAAUUCUGGCUGUGCUACUUUGUGUGCAACGUUGCUGGAACAACCCUUUGUCACAAGAUGUUCAUUCGUCUACAGUUCCCAAAAGUAAUCACUACCCUAGCCCAAAAAGGUGUUUUUCUUCCUAUGAUGAUAUGAAUCUUCGCAGACGAACUUCCUUCCCCCUCGUUCGUUCAAAGUCUUUUCAAUUACCUACAACAGAAGUGGGUCCAGAUGACUUGUACAUUGUAGAACCACUAAAGUUUUUACAAGACAAUAAAAAGAAAAAACGCUGCAGAACAAAAAUCGAGAAGGUUCACACCGUAAAACCCACAGAGUCUGUCAUCCCAAUGGUUAAUGGAGGGAUAAAACCUUGCAAACCUCUUUCAAAUCCAAGUGACUUUUCUAGCACUGGUGUUGUCUACAGUUCUUCUCACAAAGGCCCUCCAUCUGAAGGGGGCUCAGAGACCUCAUCGCAAUCAGAAGAAUCCUAUUUUUGUGGCAUUUCAGCGUGCACAAGCCUCUGCAAUGGACAACCGCAAAAGACUAAAACUGAAAAGCGAUCUUUGAAAAGGAAGAAGUCAAAGAUCACAGAUCAAGGGAAGUUCAUUAGUAACUUGAUACAGACUAAAUCGGGAUCAAUGCCAAGUUUGCAUGAUAUAAUAAAAGGAAACAAGGAUAUUACAGUGGGAGCAUUUGGUGUCACAACAGUUUCGGGCCACGUGUGAUUGUGAUUUAUCGACUUUGGAUUGGAACUGCCUCUUCCUCUUCUGUGUUUAUGGUUUACAAGGUGCUUUCAACCUUGCAAUGCCUGAGUUUCAGGCUGCUAGUCUACCGAUGCGAGAGUCUGUCUUCAGGGUGGAGAGGGUUGCACUUUUUUAUCUGUCUCAUGGGAAGUAGCAUUCUACAAGUCAGUUUUGAAGGGUACAAGAGACAAAAGAAGAAUCUCCCAGAUCUUUUGCAAGGGGAUGCUGUGGAAUUAACUGGAUUAAGAAUCAGCAUAAUUAACUGGUUAUGGAUGGAACAGGGAUUAAUGCAUAAUUUCUGCAUCAAGCUGUAUUCCUCGUUCUUGCACCUUUCCAUAUUUGUGCCUUUGUAUAUUUAUAAUGUAGCUGAAAGACAGAGAUAAUCGAUCUCUGAUUUACCUUGUGUUCAGCUUUCCUUUUAAUUAUACAGAAUUUGACAGUGUAACACUAUAGUGCUGUAGAGAUGGUCUGCUCAUAGUCAGGUGGAUUUAAAUUUCAAAAAAGUCAAAUGAAAAAGGUAAUGGGAGAGGGUUCCAAUGAAAAUUAUUUUUCUUCAAAUUUGGUUUAUUGUAGGUGAGCCGACUACUUCUAAAUUGGCUACAGAUUUGUAUGCAUUUCACCUGGUACUUUCACAUCUUGGUACAGUGUUUUUAUUUCUGAGGCAUAUAUAUUAGAAAGGUAUGAAAGUUUUUUUGAAUGUAUAUAUUUGUGAAUGAAUGAAUGAGUGUUCGAGGAGAGCAUUCUUUAAUGGCGUAACAUACAUGAUGUCAAAUCGUUAACUUAUAGUUCAAUGUGCACUUUCAUUUUUUUUAUUCCAGUGUCUUUUGCUCAAUUGAAGUUUGUCAAAUCUUGUAACGUAACUAAUUUAAUACUGGAUUUCAUGUGUUCCGUGCCCCGCCCACCUCUAACCCAUCGAGUUUGCCUCUGGUGGUGGUAAUUUUACCCGACUGAUCUGCACGUUAGCCACUCACAGCACUUGAGGACCGUUUGUUAUGGACCUUCGCGAGCAGGUCCAAAGUUAAGUAACGUUAUUUAUAUGUUUUUAAAACUUGUUGUUUUGAGUGCUAUGCACAACACUGUGGAUACAUGAGCAUAAUGUGACUGCACAGCUGUAGUGCCAUUAGAAAACUGUGAAUUUCUAAAUAAAACUGAACACUUUGUCUUUGCUCUGUUAAAAUAAGUUGAAUUUCCUUUUUCCCCUCCUUUUUUAUUAGAUCCAGGAACUAAUAAAAAAAAUUAAACAUU